AUGUCAAAUCUAUAUCCAUCCGAUGCGUCUAUUUCAUCGUCCUAUCGUUCAUCACCAACCACUUUGGUUAACGAUUUUUUCUCAGUGCGUGAUUCACCGUCGAGGACAAGUAAUUCACGGCGGUCUUCAAUUAUCACGAGAAAUUCGUCACCUACAUCGAGUCUUCUUAAUCGACAUCCUCGAACAUCAGCGCCUGGACGUGCUGUUCGUGGGGAAUCUCAAUUGUUUAUUGCCGCCGUAAUUGAAGGUCGAGGUGUUGCUAGCGAAGUUGGAAUUUGCUUUAUCGAUAUAAGAACAAGCGAAUGUAUCCUUUCACAGAUUGCCGACUCUCAGACUUAUGUAAAGACAUUGCACAAAAUGAAUAUUUACAAUCCGGCGGAGAUUUUACUUUCUGUAACCGCGGUUGAACCUUCAAAAUCGAAACUGUGCAAAAUUCUUGAGGAUAAUAUGCCGUUCGCGACCAUUGUUCCCAUAGGAAGGAAAUAUUUUAAUGAUGCGACUGGGUUAACUUAUAUACGACAGUACGGCUUGGAAGAAGAUUCGGCUUCACUGAUACUUGGAUUGACUUCGAAAUUUUAUUGCUUGGCGGCAACGGCAGCAGUACUAAAAUACAUUGAAAGCGCUCAAAACAUUUUCUUCACCAAUCAUUCAAUCAAAUUCAAAUAUCAAGGAUGUGAAGGAACCAUGAUGAUAGAUUGUGUGACGGCUCGAAAUCUUGAAUUGAUAAGUAAUAUAAACGAUUCGCAUAAUAAUCAAUCUUUAUAUGGAGUGCUUAAUAAGACGGCCACGCCUAUGGGUGCUCGUUUGUUACGCGCAAAUAUUCUUCAACCUUUGAUUGACAUAGCUACAAUCAACACUCGUUUGGAUUCUGUGGAAGAACUCACGCAGAACGAGGAUACUUUCUUUUCAAUACAGACAGCUAUCAAGCCGUUUCAGGACGUUGAUCAUUUGAUUACUUCCUUAAUUCAAGUUCCUAGAAAAUCCACGAUCAAGCACUCAGAACAAAAGAUCAAUAAUAUCAUUAUAUUAAAGCAUACAUUAAAGCUCAUUCAAAUCCUAAAAGAGUCGUUAGCUGGAUGUCAGAAUUCGUUACUGGUCGCCAUUCGUAAGUUGCUUUCUGAUCCGAAAUUAACAAUAUUUGAAGAGCGUAUAAAUGAAGUCAUAAACGAAGAUAUCACAUACCAAAAAAGCUCAUUGGGGCUUAGAAACCAGCGGUGUUACGCUGUUAAGGCAGGAUUUAAUGGCUUAUUGGAUGUCGCCCGACAAACAUACAAAGAAACUGUCAAUGACAUAUACGAACUAGUCGAUAAAUACAUCGAGCAAUAUGAUAUACCGCUAAAGGUGCAGUUCAGUCCGACAUCGGGUUUCCAUCUUUCCACCUCUACUGAAAACGUGGUCGAACUUCAACUCCCACUAAUAUUUAUCAAUGUCAACAAGAAGAAAAAGACGUUGACAUUUACGACGUUGGAAUUGAUGAAAAAGAAUACCAAGAUCAAUGAUUCAUUGACCGAAGUUUACUUGAUGUCCGACAAGACGAUCGAGGAUCUUGUUGCAGAAAUACGAAGCAGCAUCGGCGUGCUCUACAAAGCUUCUGAGUCGAUCGCAAUGUUGGACAUGUUAAUUUCAUUUGCUCAUCAGUGCACUAUUUCAAAUUACGUUCGACCAGAAUUUACUGACACCCUAGCAAUAAAAGCUGGAAGGCACCCAAUGCGAGAAAGUAUAUACACUGACCCAUUCGUUCCUAAUGAUACUUAUGCAAGUGCUGCAACAAAUUUCCAAUUAAUCACCGGACCAAAUAUGAGCGGAAAGAGUACCUAUCUUAGACAAAUCGCUUUGAUGACUGUGAUGUCGCAUAUUGGAUUGUUUGUACCAGCCGAUUACGCCUCUUUUAGGAUUACAGAUCAGCUCUUCACACGCAUCUGUAAUGACGAUAGUAUUGAAACCAAUACCAGCACUUUUGUCGUUGAGAUGCGCGAGACCGCUUACAUAUUGCAGAAUGUAAAGGAUGAAAGCUUGGUGAUCAUAGAUGAACUCGGGAGAGGAACAUCAACGCAUGAUGGACUGGGAAUAACAUACGCAGUCUGCGAGGAACUCCUAAAGACGAAGGCUUUUGUUUUCUUUGCUACACAUUUUCAUGAACUCACAAUAAGCUUGACCGUGUAUCCAAACGUAGUAAAUCUGCACUUGGAAGUUGAGAUAAGUGAAAAUGAUAACCAAUAUUCGAUGAGAUAUUCCUAUCGAGUGAAGGAUGGAAGCAAUGAUGAAGAACAUUACGGUUUGAAGUUUGGGCAGAUCGUGGGUUUACCGCAUGAUAUUAUUCAGAAAGCUUUCGAAGUUUCACGUAAAUUGAAAGGUCUUAUCGACGCGAACAGGGAAAAAUCUGCAUCUAACAAAAUAGUGCAGCGAAGGAAGGCGCUGAUGCAAUUGACCCAACACCUAUUACAAAUCAAGAGAUCGUCUAAUCUGGAUCAAGACGGUUUACGUAGGUAUUUAAAAAUGAUCCAAGAAGAAUUCAUUGCAAAGAUGGAAAAAUUAAUGUAG